UUUCUGAUUCUAUAAAUACGAACAGUACCUAGUACUCAAUUGCAAAUAAAGCCAUAACUUGUGUGUUUUCUUUUGUUUUCCAAUGGAAGUUAUUGUAGUCAUGGUGCCAUAUCCUGGAUUUAGCCAUGUCAAUCAACUCUUCAUCCUUGCUCGUCUCAUUGCUUCCCAUAAUAUACCAGUACACUUGAUUUGCCUUGCUGAAUUCAAUCAAGAUUUAAAUCCCCGCCUCAAAAGUUCAAAAUAUAUCCAUUUCAAUGACAUUUUGCUUACUCAAGCUGAUGGCGAAAUCACGGAAGAAUAUGAUCGUGUGGUUUCGAUUACAGAGUUGUUGGAAAAACACAACGAGCCCAUUCGAAAAACUUGCCUUCAACUCUCUAUCAAUGCUAAGAAAUUGGUCAUAAUUUAUGAUUCCGUAAUGAAGAAUUAUAUGGGGGAUGUCCAUUCAAUUCCUAACGUCGAGACUUGUAUUUUUCACUCUGGGUCUGCUAUAAGUAAAUAUUAUUUGCUCCAACAAAGUGUCCAUGACUUAGACGUUGUUGUUGAUGUUGGUCACGAGUUCCCGGCUAUGGAUAGUUGUUAUCCACCGCUUAUGGAAGUAUUCUUAAGAGAUUUACAUGAAUGGGAUCUCAACUCAGGAGAAUUCAUGAUUUCUUCUAGAGAAAUCGAAGGGACAAGCCUCCUCGUCAUGAAUCUCUUGAAUUCCUCGACAAUCAACAUGUUAAUUCAGUAAUUUAUGUUUCGUUUGGAACAACCCCUAAAUUAUCACAAGAGCAAGUCAAUGAGCUUGCACUUGGUCUAGAAAAGAGCAAUCAAAGGUUUAUUUGGGUAAUAGGAAAAGGAGAUCAUAAUACUACUACUAAUAACAAUAAUACUAAAAAUAACAAGAAAGGUGUGGAGAAAUUUGAGAAGAAAUUUGGGAAGAUUGAAUUACCACAAGGGUUUGAAGAGAGGGUGAAAGGAAGAGGAAUGGUUGUGCGAAAUUGGGUGCCCCAAUUGGAAAUCUUGGGCCAUCCAUCUACCGGUGGAUUUUUAAGUCAUUGCGGGUGGAAUUCUUGUAUGGAAAGCAUUAGCCUAGGAGUUCCAAUAAUAGCUUGGCCAAACGAGUGGGACCAACCCUAUAACGCUCUCCUUGUAACUAAUGUACUAAAAAUCGGAAUCUCAGUAUUUAGCUGGACUCACAAGGAUGAGUUAGUGACAUCAAAAUCGAUCGAGAAAUCUGUCAAAAUUUUGAUGGAUACAACGGAAGGGGAAGAGAUGCGGAAGAGGGCGGUGGAGUUGAGCAAUAAGAUCAAGAGUUCGGUUAGCCCCGGAGGUGUGACGGCCAAGGAAGUUGAAUCUUUCAUAUCCUAUAUUACCAAAUAACUUUGUAGCUUAACAAAGCCAUCGUCAUAUUGCUUCCUUUAAUUUUAGACUUAAUGAUAUUACGUUGAAAAUGUUCCACCUUACUUUAUGUCUCUUUUAUCUUUUUCGUUUAAUAAGAGACGUACUAAUCGUCUUUGUUGUUUUUACUUUAUCCAUUUUAUAAACUUGUUCAUAGGCUACAUGAGGUAAAUAUGCUAGAAGAAAGCAAUUUCAUAUC